AUAUUCAACUGUAUAAAUAACAUUGUCAGGAUCUUUUGUCAGACACACAACUGCUGGAACUCGAACAGUUCCUGGUUUCUCUUCAUAUGCUGCAUUUUCAAUCUUUCUAUUUACACAAAGUAGAAGAAUUUCUCAGAAACAGAGGAACAGGUUAUCAGUGUUGGAUGUGAAGAUGGGACACACUUUGCUCUCUCUACUGGGGUUUUUCUUGCUGAGUUUACUUUACUGUGGACAAGCUCAAGAUGCUGUGCUGACCAUUGAUCCAAACUGGACAACUUUCUUUUCUGGAGAGUCUGUUACCUUCAAGUGUGACAUCACAGGAGGCAGAUACAGCGACUGGUAUUACUCAAUCCUCCAGGAUGGUGGAGCAUUUCUCCCUCACCACAAACAUGAGAAAUAUAAAUUACAUUCUCUAACUCCAGGCUACAGUGGUGCGUACCAAUGUUUUUAUCAUCAGAAGAACUCAACAAAGGAAAGCAAUAAAAUCUAUCUAACUGUAUCAGAAAUACCUAAGCCUGUCCUCACUGUGUCUCCAUCAUGGCCGAGUCCUGGAGCCUCAGUAACUCUGAACUGCAGGGUUGAUCAUCCGUCUGCUGGCUGGAGCUUCUACUGGUAUAAGGCUGUUCCCCAAAAGUCAGACUACUCCUACAGCUUUGAGCUGCUACUUGGCAGCGAGAAUGGGACUGAACAGGAUCUCUUCAUCAUUGAUGGACAAACACACACAGCAGGAUAUGUUUGCAGAGCUGCAAGAGGAGAUCCAGUGUUUUACAGUUGGCACAGCAAACCUAAGUUUGUCUGGUCUGGAGAUUUGAAUUCAGCAGCGUCUCUCACAGUGAGUCCUGACAGUGUGCAGCACUUCACCAAAACGCCUGUGUCACUGAGCUGUGAGGGAAACUCCACUGAGUGGAGAGUGAGGAUGUUUUCUAAACCUGACUACCUUUAUCACUGUUCUAUCUUGGGGACAAAGACUGGAUCCACAUGCAAAAUAACCAGUUACAGGUUUAGUGGAGUGUUCUGGUGUGAGUCUGAAACAGGACAGUUCAGUAAUGCAGUCAACAUCACUAUGGAGUGUGAGUUUUAAUUAUUUAAAAUGUUUGUUUCUGAAGUAUUAUAUUGUUUUGAAAUGUGAAGGUGACUGAAUGUGAAUCAAUGUAUCAUCUUAAAACUUGCUAAUAUUCUCUUAUGAUGUCAACAUUUACACUUUCAUUCUUAGGCAUGUAAGUGUAUUGUAUCAUGGUGCACAAUUAUAAACUUUCUAUGAUUUUGUGGAUUUUAAUAGAGUGGUGCAGUGACGAGUCCUAAAACCCGGAAGUGAGUAAGCAUUUUACCACUACCGGUUCCCUCGU